CUAUUCAACCAAUCACCAUUCGGGUUACAUAUGUUGAGAACCGUACGCGCCAAGAUAGUCUAACGAAUCAUAUUGUUUGUUUCAUUUUGGAGUUCAACGCAUUCAAAAUGGCGUCCUUUGAAGAGGCGUUUGAUAUUGUUAGCAAUACAUUUCGAAUUCCUAGCUUAAAUACGCAGCAAAAAACUGGAAUUAGGAAAAUAGUUGAGGAAAGAAAGGAUGUAUUUGUCAAUCUUCUAACUGGUUUCGGGAAAUCUCUCCUGUAUCAAGCACUACCACUCGUGUUUGAUCUUACCUCGCAAGAGCCUGGUCAUAUCGUCGUCGUUGUCUCACCAUUGGUAAGCCUUAUGAACGACCAAGUGUCCCACUUGAAGGAGCUAGGGCUAAAAGCACCUAACAUAAGUUCACUUGAGAAUGGUGAACGCACUCGUGUUGAAAGCGGCGAAUAUCCCUUAGUUUACGGAUCCCCUGAAGCGUGGUUGAAGAACGAACGUUGGAGAUUUAUGCUGACGAACUCUGUGUAUUCCAAAAAACUCUGUGCCAUUGCCGUGGAUGAAGCGCAUGUUGUAAGACAGUGGGGAACAUCACAAGAUAAUAAAAUGGCAGCAUUCCGUGAGUCUUACUCAAAGCUGUAUGAACUAAGGUCACUUGCACCAAACGUGCCAGUGGUAGCCUUGACUGCAACUGCGACAAAACUGACCAGAGACACAGUUUUCAACCUUCUGAACAUGAAAAAUGCAGUAGAAAUUAAGGAAAGUCCAAAUAAAUUAAAUGUUGCUUAUGUUGUGCAGUAUAUGGAUAAGGACAUGGAACUGGAAUUCUAUUUUGGCUGGCUUACUGAUGAACUGAAACAGAGUCAGGAGAAAACAGAAAGAACUAUUAUUUAUUGCCAGACUAUAAGACAGUGUGGUUUACUUUAUGCUACCAUUAAAGCUCUCUUAGGAGAAUAUAUGUUCAUUGGAAAUGAUUCAAAACAUGUGCUUGUUGAAAUGUUGCAUUCCUGCACUCCUGAAGCCAAUAAGCAUAACAUUUUGGAGUCCUUUCAGUCUGCCAGUGGUACCAUCCGGCUACUUAUAGCAACAAUAGCCUUUGGAAUGGGCAUUGACUGUCGAGGUGUUCAUAGAGUCAUACAUUUUGGACCCUCCAAGAAUGUUGAGUCCGACGUUCAGGAAACUGGUAGGGCAGGAAGGGAUGGCCACCAAAUUGUUGCAUAUGUUUUAUACCAUGGAGUCAUGUUAAACCAUAUUGAUGCCCUUAUGAAGUCUUUCAUUAAGACUGGAGAGUGCUGAAGAAAAACCCUUCUGAAUCACUUUGAGUCUGUGUCCCUCUAUCCAGAACAACCCCACCUUUGCUGUGACAAUUGUGCUACCCAAUGCAAAUGUGGUAUGCUACACUCUGCUAACAUUACAAAAUACC